AAAUAACCACCAUUCAAAUGUAUACACGGUGGAAAUUAAUAAGUUUAGUGUAUUUAAAUAAUAAAAUAAUUUGCCUUCCACGCGAUUUGCAUUAAGAAAAAAUCGAACUGCGAUAUCUGCAUAUCAAUAUUAUAGAAAACAAAAGUGAAUGACGAGAUGUGUAACUUGUAAACAGUGGUUGACUUAAUGGGGUUUUCCGUCGGAUUUUUCACGCCUUAACUUUCUUCAAAUACAUGAGAGAAAAUUACCUGUGUGGAAUAUAUACCAAGAGACUAAUGUAUACCAAGAGGUACUUUUGACGUAGGGUCCGUGGAUCGAGGAUCGAUUCUUCAAAAGUUGGAACAAACGAUUAUGGAAUACAAAGUUAAACAAGCUGUACACCGGCAUUGUGAAAAGGCAGAACAGUGUAACAUUGCCGAAUCAAACCUGCAUUACUCGAGGUUGUUAGACCUGAGUUUGCCUGCAUAUGGAUCUAUUAUAAAUGGCGACCAACGAAUUAACAGAGGAUUAUCUGGAAGGGCAAGUCCUGUUUUGGAGAAAAGAUAUCACGAGGUGCAUACAGAAACCGACCCUCGUCUCCCAACUGGCCGCCCUUGAUGUAAUAGGUCCCGAUUCAUCAGUGAAACUUCAUGACGUUUUUGCAAAAGGUAUUGCUUUAGUUGCUGCUGACAAACUGAUAAAAGCCGUCCUCAAGAGCGAGGCACCUAAUAAGUGGUCUUCCUUUCUUAAAGCACUUGACAAGGAAGGAUUAGUGUAUUUAAAAGAACUCAUAGAGGAAGGCGCCCACGAAACGACAGAAGAACGCGAACAUGGUCGUAAAAUGAUACAGAUUUUUGCCCCUGAACUGGAGAGACGUGUUGAACCUAUCGAUUUGUUGCCUGAUUUAAUUUCACAAGAUGUAAUAGAUGAAGACGACGCAGAAGCGGUCCGUAUGCUGCAAGCGAAUAAUGGUAGAAGUUAUGCGGUUGUAUGCCUGUACAGACGAAUGCAGAGUCGUUUACGUCCUGCGCAAUGGUACUACGAGUUUCUCCGCGUUCUUCAAAAACGAGGAUAUGAAGACAUUCUGGAAAUGAUGGAACCGCAAUUUUUGAUAACACCGACAGCCUAUAUCCCAAAGCCAGGGAAUAAUCGGAUACCAAAGAAGCCAUCCAGAGUUAAUGAUGAGACUGAACAUGUUUUAGAAGAAGUUCACUAUCCUAGUCAGGAAACUAAACUGAAGGCCAACCCACCCAUCUGGAAUGCAAAUUUAAAUAUCGAACAUAGAUCUGCUGGUGGCUGGUGUUAUGAUCCCCGAACUGCAACGAUGUCCCUUGAGCCGGAGACCUUUACUGAGUCGCCUUUUUAUAACAGGGAUCGAAUGCCUUUUUCUCUGAGGCAGGACUUUGACAGAACUAACAUUUUAUCUAGGAGGCCUUCAUUUUCGUCCAUGUCAAUAUCCUCAGAAACCUCUUCAUACGUUUCUGAUGAUGCUAGCACUGACGACGGUCGUCUGCAUUUGCAAGUGGAUCGCGCCAAACGAAUAGCCGCAAACCGAAGCAUGCGUAUAAAUCGUAAUCCUGCAACAUAUGUAACGUAUGACGACAGUUCAUCGUCACAGUUUGAACAGUCAGAAGACACUGAUGCUUACUGCUCGGACGAAGAAUCUUCAUUGUAUGACGACAGCGAAACUAUGGAGGACACAGAAGAUGUGGCCGGAAAUUUCGAAGAUAGUCUGGAGGAUUUCCAUCUGGAGCUUGCGGAAAACGCUCUUCAAGGUCACAAUACGAUUAUCUGGUCUCCAACAAAUACAGGAAAAACGUUCGUGGCCUUGAAAAUAAUGAAGGAUCAUCUUGUUAAUCACCCUGGAGGACGUAAGAAGAUUGCUUUUAUGGCAAAAACAGUCCUUCUAAUCAAGCAACAAGCGGACAGAAUUAUAAAGCAUCUUCCAGAUUUCAACGUGAAGCUUGCGACUGCCGACAGCGAGGAAUCCUUAGCACUUGGGGCGUUCAUGGAAACGGUGGACGUGUUUUGUUUCACUCCACAGAUUCUAGUGAACAACCUUAAAAAUGGGAGCAUUAAACGAAUUUCCGAGUUUUCAAUGUUAGUAUUUGACGAGUGUCACCAUUCAAAGGGGUAUGGUCCAUAUACCCGUCUGUUGCACAUGUAUCUUUUGGAGAAGGCCAACAGGACUGUACAGAAUGCACGGCUUCCACAGAUUGUAGGCCUAACAGCUUCGUUGCCAGUUGGGAAAGUAGAGACGGUUGACGGUGCUCUCGAUAGCAUAAUACACCUAUGCGCAAUGCUGGACGUCAAACUCAUAUCUUCAGUCGAACGAUGUACAGAGAGUCUAAAGAAAAGGACGUUUGUGCCUAAAGAAGAAAAAAUACCACUAGUAAUGCGGAUAUCUGAUCCCUGUGGUAAAAUACUUCGGGAGCAGCUGUUGGAAAUGGAGGGACUUCUACAAGACACAGCUCUAACAAACCCUGAAAUGGUUUCCGUAAUAUACCAAAGCAGGACUAUUCAAGAUAGGGAGUCCACGGCAUAUUUAAAUUGGGCGAUGGAUGUGGACCGCACGGCGUUGGCGAACGUUAAACAUGAUAAAACCUGCCGAGACAUUCGCGCAUGCGCUCGCUACAUCUCUAUAUACGCUGCUGCAUUGGAAAUAAACAAGCUACUAGAAACGGAGGACAUUGCGAGAUAUCUUGCAAUGAGAAACAAAAGUGAAACCGAAGCCAGUGAAAAGCUUACGGAACUAGAAAGUAAACUACUCAGGAAGUUCAAAAGGGUACAAUCAAACUUGUUCAGUGUGAGCAAAACAUCCGGAACUAAUCCGAACGUGAGAACAGUCUGUGACAACUUAAAAGAUAUGAUGAGUAAAGACGAAGUCGGCUCUAGAGCUAUGAUUAUGGUGAAGGCACGUGCCACGUCUCGUGCGCUGGCAAGAUUUAUCAACGAAGACUUUAAGUCGUUUGGAAUUCGGGCAAAAGAGCUUUACGGACAGGCGUAUCUAGGCGGAGAAGAAGGUAUGGACCAAGAGAUGCAAAGCACCAUUCUUGAUCAGUUCAAAAAGGGUUUUUACAAAGUUCUCGUAUGCACAUCUGUGGGUAACGAAGGGCUUCAUACUCCAGAUUGCAACAUUGUAAUUAAUUACAAUUUCUUGGGCAACGAAACCACGAAGAUUCAAAUUCCAGGGCGGGCAAGAAAGCCGAAUUCGACAUACGUCCUGUUUGGUACUCAAAAACUGUUCGACCACGAUCGCAUGAACGCAUUCAAGGUUUUACUGAUGAACAAGGCAGUCAUACAAUUUAAAGGUAUGGACAAAAAAGAGUUGUCGAUGCAAAUUUCCGCACAACAGAAUAAACUGAGGCAUGCAAAUAUUUCCAAGAUGGAACUCUGGGAAAUGAAAAUAAACAGAAAGUCGACAGCAGUAGAUUACAUGAUAAAGUGUCAGCGAUGCAAGACUUACGUCUGCAUGACUUCGGAAAUUCGAGUCCUUGGCAACGGACGUUUUCCGAUAAAUUACGAGGUCACAAAACACGUGGAAUUGCGUGAACUAAAAAAGGUCCUUAGUUUUGAUGGUAUCAAAUUGAUGAAGUCUGCUCAUUGCAAAAAAUGUCCUGUGAAAUGGGGAAAGGUUGCAGAAACCAAAGGAUUGGCAGUGAUUCUUUUAGCAUGUGAUGCAUUUGUGUUUGAGAGCACUGGCUCGAGUCGAUCUCAGUAUUUCAAGAAAUGGUUUGAUGUUCCAUAUGACUUCCCUACAAUCGACGCGGCGGAUAUCCCUUGCGUCUUUGAAAAAAGCUGGAUGAAUGAGUUGUAAUGCGCCGCUAAAAGCAUUCAAAAUAUCUACAAUUGCGUUGCUGUGCACAUUGAUCUGGAUACCGGUAUACUUAAUAUUCAUUCCAGACAUGACACAGCCACGCGCCUAAUGUUAUGAUUUUGUUUGUUUAUUUUUGCGGGCACUGUUUUUUUAAUGAUCUGCUGCACUGACGUUAACGUUACAAUAAUAGGACUAUUGCAUCUUUCUUAUUUUGUGUCCAAUAUAUCGUGUUUUAACAUUUUGAUAUUUUGUGUAAAGCAUGUUGAAAAUAUAAUUUUGCUUACGUUAACGUAAUAAGUUAUGUUUUUAAAAUUUGUAAAUGGUGUGUUAAAUAGAACUCGCACGGGUCAGUCACGGGCCAUUCACGUAUUUAGCGAAUACACGGCAUAUACAGUAUGUUAAUGGGAAUCAAUUCUAAAAAACUACUCGAAAUAAAGUGUAUUCUUUGAAAAGGUAUACUUUAUAAUAAUUGAUUUUGUUAUAUGUGCCAUUUUAAUUGAAUAUGGCCUUUGUAUGCAAAAACUUGUGCAAAUGCUUUGUAGCUAUUUGUAAUAAAGUAUGUUGUUUGUUU